UCUCGGUUUCCGCGGAACACCCACGGGUCUUUCACGCUUCUGACCCACCCGAGCACCCCCUGAGAGCCGGGCGGCCCCGAGCCCCACGCCCCGCGCCCGCUCUAGCUACAAUGAGCACCUUCACCUACACCAGCCGGCCCCGGGUGCUGUCAUGUCAGCAGCGCCGCUACCGGGACGACCUGAUGGCAUCUGAAGAACCUAUGCGGUUUGGGAACAUAAUGUAUGAUCGAAGGGUGGUCCGAGGCAAUACAUAUGCACUCCAGACACCUCCCCUGGUAAGUCAGCCUGAACUUGUUGGUUCUCAGAGAAAGCAUUAUGAUUCUAGGAAGAUUCACGCCAGAAAACGAGCCGUAAUCCAGCUCAAACCACAGACCCCUGAGCCCGUGGAGGGCCGAAGACACAUGGAUGUCCAGACAGAACUAUACCUUGAAGAAAUUGCUGAUCGUAUUAUAGAAAUUGAUAUGGAGUGUCAAACAGAUGCAUUUCUGGACAGACCACCAACUCCACUCUUCAUUCCAGCCAAAACUGGCAAAGAUGUUGCCACCCAGAUACUAGAAGGAGAGCUCUUUGACUUUGAUAUUGAAGUCAAACCAAUGCUGGAGGUUCUGGUGGGAAAGACCAUUGAGCAGGCUCUUCUGGAAGUAAUGGAAGAGGAGGAGUUGGCCACCCUGCGGGCCAGCCAGUAUUCCUAUGAAGAGCUGCGCAACACAGAACUUGCUGAGGUGCAACGGCUUGAAGAGCAAGAGAGACGGCACCGGGAGGAAAAGGAACGACGGAAGCAACAGCAGUGGCAGAUUGUCAGCAAGCAGAAUGAGACAUCACAGAAGAUUGCUGCCCGGGCCUUUGCCAAGCGCUACCUGGCCGACCUCAUCCCUUCUGUCUUCGACAGCCUCCGCGAAGGCGGCUACUUCUAUGAUCCCAUUGAAAGAGAUAUUGAACUGGGCUUCCUGCCUUGGUUGAUGCAUGAAGUGGACAAGACAAUGGAGCAUCAGAUAGUGGGAAGGACCGUGGUGGACAUGCUCAUCCGCGAGGUGGUGGAGAGGAGACUGGCUAUGUUCGAGUGGAAAGAGAACAAGUUACCCUUUGUCAGGCCUGACCCGAGCUCCAGCAGGCCGCCAUCCAUGAUCAACACCCAACUGGGCUUUGAUAUUCCAGAGCAGACAGGGAUACCACCACAAAUGUCACCAACGCCAACCUUCCUGGGCACAGACCACUUGCAGAGAAAUCCUUAUCCGAGAAGUUUCUGGGAAACGGGGUCCCAGGAGAUGAACUUCAUGGAUGAAGCUUUGGAAGACCCGACAGAGAGAGAAAACCUCUAG